AUGAAGCAACCUCACACACAUCCCGCACUCAACGCACUAUCUCCAACCGACUACAAUACAUCCUGCACAAUGCUUUCUCACACUCUUUUUUCCGUAGCCGCUACUGUAGCUGCCAUGAUCCAGCCUGCCGUAGGGUUGCCUGCUGAGCAGCUCCAAGCCCGGCAAACUGUAUGCUCAAUAAACGAGAACACUUGGACAGCUAGGAUGACUGGGACGUGCUCCAUUGACGGAGGCCCUGCUAUGACUUGUGAUCUGAGAACCGAUCUCAAGACUCUUGUCGUAAAGCAAAAUACGAUGAUAAGCGCCGCCGGCCUAGGCAACAACCAAUUCGAAUGCACUGGAUACCAGAAUUGGCAAUGCUGCUCUUCUUAGAUGUCAGGGGCCAAGGAGAAGGGAUGACUAAGGGGCCUUUAGGGGGGCACCGGAGGGGCCCCAGAUGCAGGGAUAGGCUGGCAUAUCUACAGUUUGGCAAGUCACAAGGCGUUCAUAGGGCAUCUGUUAAGCUAGAGGCUUA